AUGUUCGUUAUUAAUUCAGAUAUUAAACAUAUUAUUAAUACACGUUUACAAGAUUUGUUUACUACCUCUCUUAAGAAACGACGCGAACAAGAUUACAUCACUUUAACUUCUCGUUUCACUUCUGUAUCCAAAACUACAACUUUAUCUCAUAUUACUACAUAUCACGAUAAUCAAGAUAUUAUCAUUUUCGGAUCAAUCUUUUGUGUAAUAAUCUCAUUAAUCUCUUUAAUCACAUUUUUAAUUAUUUGCAUGCUUCGUCAUAAAUCAAUUUCUUGUUCAAUUUUAUCUCUACGGGGAGGGAAAAGAAAUCCGAUUACUAAUGAUUCAUUUUCGAAUCAACAACAUAAAAAUGCAAAUACUUCAUUAAAUCCUAUAAAUGUUGAUUCGAAUUGUAAUCUACAAGAAUAUAAACCGAAAUUGAAACCUUUACUUUUAGUAAUAAAACAUCAAGAUUAUCUUAAUAAAAAAGAGGAGAGGAGAAUUUCUUAUCGUCAAAGAUUUGAUACCUACCAACAAGAAAAUGUUAGAACUACUCUUCGAGAAAAUAAUUUUCAAGUUGAGAAUAAUAAACGAAAUGUUAGGGUGAGAUUUAAUGAAGUAGUAAAAGUAAUCGAUAAUAAAUCAAGGUUGAAAAUAAGAAGAUUUGAGCGAAACAUUGACAAAAUCUAA